AUGUGUUAUAUGUUCGCUUUGCAGCCCAUUCGGUUUGCCGUCCGUUCACUAGGCUGGACAGAAAUCGCUGAGGAGGAUCUGACAGCCGAGAGAAGUUCACGAGCAGUGAACAAAGCUAUUGUGGAUCUAUCCACUGGACGUAAUGAUGUUAUCGACAAUGUUAGUAAAUGGGGUGAUGGGCGCGAACUUAUUAUGGAGCUCGACGAUAAUGAACUUUCUCUUAUUGACCCGGACACCUUGAAAGUGAUUCAUACGGAGAAGAUUCAGCAAAUUCGUGUUUGGGGCGUUGGUAGGGAUAAUGGAAGAGAUUUCGCGUAUGUGGCUCGGGAUCGUAAUUCGCGCCGUUUCAUGUGCCAUGUGUUCCGUUGUGACACACCGGCAAAGACGAUUGCGAACACAUUAAGAGACAUAUGUAAGCGCUUGAUGCUCCAUCGCCGACCAUCGAGUCUGCAAACGAUGGAUUCUAUACCGGAGAGACGUAUCGUUAGAACAAACGGCCUUAUGACUCCAAACGAAGAGCCGAAGAAGGUAAUACGGUGUCAUUUCCUUGGCGUUACGCAGGUGCCACGAGCAACUGGAAUCCAAAUUUUGAACGAAGCCGUCGACAGGCUGGUGUCUCAGGUCCGAGCAGAACGCUGGAUUCUUUCUGAUGUGGCAAUAGCACCAUCCACGAUAACGAUUUCUGAGGUUGGGGGUGGCCAAAUAGCUCAGUGUCGUGUGCGCUACCUGUCGUUUUUGGGGAUCGGACGCGAUGUGAAACAUUGCGCAUUCAUCAUGCAUACAUCAUCGGAGAACUUUAUGUGCUACGUAUUCCACGUAGAGCCAUCAGCAGCAACAAUGGCGAAAACAAUUGAAGCGGCCUGCAAGUUACGCUACCAAAAAGUCUUAGAUGCACAUGUCGGUCGUGCUUCGCAAAAUGUCGUCCAUCACGAAACUCCGUCAUUCGGCAAGAGUGUAGAGAUGCGAUUAUUCGGAUUCAGUUGA